AAAAGACGCGCUACAAGGGCUUGUUGUCAUUGUCGUGGUCGCAAGGUCCGUUGCGAUGUCAUGGAGUAUGGUUCGCCGUGCACAAAUUGUCGAUUAGAUAAAGUCGAUUGCAUGACGCUUGAAAGGAGAAGGAAGAGGUUAGUGCUGGUUCCAAAGACAUUCGCAUCGGCUCGGAUGAAAUCAAGAAAUGCGAGAAGACUUGUUCGUCGGGACGGCCCCGCGCCCCUAUUUGUGAGAUGCCCACACAAUCUCAGCAUGGGUUGUGUUGCUAACCCGGUCCCAGUGCGUGCUCCGACCAAGCCAAUGAGUAUCGAAAGCGCCCAAGAGGAAGAAACAUCGCCCCUCCUUACGCGCGGUGACGAAAGUGGAUUCAUUCUUCCACAGUAUACUAGAGCUUUACCGGAGCAUCUAGAUCAGGAUGAUAUUCGGUUCUUGGCAAAGAAAGGCGCUCUCUCGGUACCCGCGACAUGCUUGAGGAACAAACUCCUGACCAGCUACGCUCAUCACGUCCACUCAGAUAUGCCAUUACUGGACCUCGACGAGCUCGUACGACCCAUCAUUACGAACGAUGUAGACCAUCCAAUUAGCCUACUUCUUCUGCAAGCAGUGCUUUUUGCAGCCGCCGCAUUUGUCGACAUAGAGGACCUGCAAGACGUUGGAUUCGAGUCGAGAAAGCAUGCUCGAGCAACUUUCUAUCGUCGAGCUAGGCUCCUCUACGAGUUUGACUACGAGCAAGAUCGAAUAAAUCUUGUUCAGGCACUGCUACUAAUGAGUUACUGGGAGGAAAGCCCAAAUGGACUGAAAGAUGGAUGGCAUUGGUUGGGCCUCGUGUUAUCAGUAGCGCAAACGAUCGGAUUACAUCGCAAGACCGAAUCCGCAGACGGAGAUAGUAUGCGAAUAAGAACACGCCUUUGGUGGUGCAUCUAUACGCGUGACUCCGUCAUGGCGCUGGAUAUGCGGCAUCCUAUGCAUAUCAGCAGUAUUGAGUUUGACACACAGCCAUUGAUGAUUGAUCAUUUUCAGCUGGAAUUGUCUGAGCCGACAGUUAACUCGAUUGGGUAUUCAGGCCUCCUUGGGAAUGCUGAACAUCAAAGAUCGCUUGCGGUGAUCUUUAUUGCGAAAGUGACACUUUGCCACUCCGUGAAACAUGUGCUGGAGUCGCAAUACUCGGUUGAAUUUGAUACUUCAGCAAGAGUGGUUCCGAGGCGAUUUAUUCAAGAAGAAAAUCAAGUAUCAAAAUGCGCACAAGGUCUGAAUCGCUGGGUCUCGAGCCUGGCACCAGAGGCACGAUAUGCAUUCAUGGAUAUAGCCAGCUUAACGAAAGCCGAGGGUAUUCUACAUGUCCAACGCUCGUCUCUUCAAAUGAUUUAUUUGAGUCUGAUGGGUGCAUUGUACCGACCUCAUAUACAUUCCGAGUCUACGAAUCCCGACGUUCGAGAGCAACCAGUACCACAGCUAUUCUUUGCCGCUCGAAAAACCACAAGCAUCGCUCAAAACCUGCAGUCCUUGGACUUAACGAAGUUUCUCCCAGCGACGGCAGUGACCGCCUUGUAUUCUGCGGGAAUAACACAGCUACUUGGUGUUCAAGAUAUUCAUUCGCAGGGUGUUUACAUUCAGCAUUUGCGCCAGGAUUUAUAUUUCCUAGAAGGGUUGCAGGAUAUAUACCCCACUGCUGGUUCGGCUGCUUCAUUUCUGGAGGCUAUUAUUGCCCGG